AGAGUAACUUAGAGGCUUAUAAGGUCAUCCAUUUCUCCACCGAGCUGCGUGAGAGAGUGACCUUAUCCUCUCCCCUCUCCUAAACUCUCCCUUUUCCCCUUCCUUCUUCAAGCCAAUUAUUAUUCUUACUCCUUUCCUCACAUAAACGCUCAAAUGGUUUCCGUUAUUGGCGUUUCUUCAAUAUACCAAACCCACGCUCUCGAACUCCACAAGAGGGCAACGUCCACAACAACAACAGCAGCUUCGGGUUCUUCCAACGCCGUUUCGCUCCCUUCGUUGUCGUUUGACAACAAGUCGCACUUCAACGCCGUUCUCAGAGCUCAUUAUCACCUUAACGACGGCAAUAGGCGCAGGCUCGGUUUUGUUCCUACUUCUAAUGCAGUUGUGACAGCUAAUGACUCUUCCGUACUCAGCGAAGAAGCCUUCAAGGGUUUUGGUUUUGACGGUGUUGGCGAUGAUGAUGAAAUUGGUUAUGAGUAUGAGAGUGACGGUGACGCUCAUUUUAUUGCUUCAAGAGAAGAUGAGCUCGAUAUUUCGAAGCUUGGCUUGCCUUCGAGGCUUGUCGACUCGCUCCAGAAACGUGGAAUCACUAGCCUUUUCCCAAUUCAGAGAGCUGUGUUAGUGCCUGCCUUAGAAGGUAGAGAUAUCAUUGCCCGGGCAAAGACUGGGACAGGGAAGACAUUGGCGUUUGGGAUUCCCAUUAUUAAAGGCCUCACUGAUGAUGAGCAAGGUUCCUUCAGGCGUUCGGGCUGUCUUCCUAAAGUAUUGGUCCUUGCACCUACUAGGGAGUUAGCAAAGCAGGUCGAGAAGGAGAUAAAAGAAUCUGCACCUUAUCUGAAUACAGUUUGUGUUUAUGGUGGUGUUUCUUAUGUAACACAGCAAAGUGCUCUUUCGCGUGGUGUUGAUGUAGUGGUUGGAACACCUGGUAGAAUAAUUGACCUAAUAAAUGGGAACAGCCUUAAAUUGAGUGAAGUUCAAUAUUUGGUUCUUGAUGAAGCUGAUCAAAUGCUUGCUGUUGGGUUUGAGGAGGAUGUGGAAGUAAUUUUGGAAAAGGUCCCAUCUGAGCGGCAGACAAUGCUUUUCUCUGCGACAAUGCCGGGUUGGGUGAAGAAAUUGUCAAGAAAAUAUCUGAACAAUCCGUUGACAAUUGAUUUGGUUGGUGAUGAAGAAGAAAAGCUUGCUAAUGGGAUCAAACUUUAUGCUAUGUCAGCCACUGCCACUUCAAAGCGGACAAUUCUUUCUGAUCUUAUAACUGUCUAUGCAAAGGGUGGAAAGACUAUUGUUUUCACACAGACAAAAAGGGAUGCCGAUGAAGUAUCACUGUCAUUAACAAAUAGUAUAGCUUCUGAAGCUCUGCAUGGUGAUAUAUCUCAGCAUCAAAGAGAAAGAACAUUGAAUGGCUUUCGGCAAGGGAAGUUCACUGUUCUUGUUGCCACGGAUGUUGCAGCCCGUGGACUUGAUAUUCCCAAUGUUGAUUUGGUUAUCCAUUACGAACUUCCUAAUGACCCUGAGACUUUUGUGCAUCGCUCUGGUCGUACUGGGCGUGCUGGAAAAGAAGGUACUGCCAUUCUGAUGUACACCAGUAGCCAGAGGAGAACAGUUAGAUCCCUUGAGCGUGAUGUUGGCUGCAAAUUUGAAUUUGUUAGUCCACCAGCUAUCGGAGAGAUUUUGGAGGCAUCUGCUGCACAAGUUGUUGCUACGCUUGAGAGAGUUCAUCCAGAGUCUGUUGAGUUCUUCACUGCAACUGCACAAAAAUUGGUUGAAAAACAAGGGGUUAGUGCCCUUGCGGCUGCACUAGCCCAGCUCAGUGGAUUCUGUAGACCUCCAUCAUCCCGUUCAUUAAUCAACCAUGAGCAGGGAUGGGUUACAUUGCAACUCGCUCGAGAUGGAGAUAAUUCUAGAAGAUUUCUUUCUGCAAGAUCGGUCACUGGGUUUCUUUCUGAUGUGUAUUCUCCUGCUGCUGAAGAAGUCGGAAAAAUACAUGUAAUUGCAGAUGACCGGAUUCAAGGAGCUGUUUUUGAUCUUCCAGAGGACAUUGCUAAAGAGUUACUCAACAAGGAUUUGCCACCUGGAAACACUAUUUCCAGGAUCACCAAGUUACCUGCUUUGCAAGAUGAUGGACCUGCAAAUGAUUACUACGGGAAGUUUUCCGACAGAGAACGAAGUAACCGAAGAGGUUCAAGGGAUCAGAAAAGUUUUAAAACCUCACGAGGAUAUGGGGGAAACCGAGGCUCUAACGAUGAUUUUGGUAGUUCAUACGGGAGAGGGAGUAAAAGUUUUAAAUCUGGCAACAGCCGGUCUCGAAUGGGAAAAAGCAGUGAUGACUGGCUGAUUGGAGGUAGACAAUCAAGCAGGGGUGGUAGCUACGGAGGGGCCUGUUUUAAUUGUGGAGAAUCGGGGCAUCGCGCAUCAGAUUGUCCCAAUAAGCGAAGCUUCUUUUAGCUAAUGUAUUGGCAAUUUUGGCGCCACCUCGGCAAAGGCUUGAUCUACUGCUGCCACUGGUGAUGGCCUAUUGGGUUCUAGAAAUUUAAAGAUGCUUGCUCAAAAGGAUUACAGAAUCAAAGACACUUUGCAUCUGUCGUGGGGCAAUCUCCACAGAGGCCUUAGCCUUGGGUCUUCGAUGUAUUUGGUUAGCUCAUUCAAGAUGUAUUUAAUGAUGUAAAAUUUAUUUGUAAUUUGUACUGCGGUUGUGUUCAUUUUUGGCAAGAACAGUAACUAUGUGGUCCUGUUUUGUCCGUUUAACCGCUUAAUAGUAUGGCGUUAUGCAGAAUGUUUAACUGAUCAUGAUAUUGUUGCUUA